AUGAGUGUGAGAAUUUAUUCUCUCAUCGAGAUGCACUGGUGUUUCGCAGGAGGGUCUUUCCUUCCUCUGUGACGCUACAUCAGCAUCACCACAACUCUCUCUGUCUGUCCCCGCUCUCUUUCUACCUCUUUCUUCGAGUUUCUCCACCCCUCCCUUCUCCUCUCUCCUCCUCACACAUAUGCUCUCACACUGGGGAUGCCUGAAUCGGUGGAAGUCCUGAUCAGUGUUGUCGGAGUCCCUGGUCUGCUGAGACCUGAGCCUAACAGAUCUAGUCUUGAGAGGGUGAAGCGCUGUUUUCUGGAGGCACCUUGGAAGAGGAUUUCCUACAGCCUGUGGACAUUUGCCAGUACUGGUGAAGACAGCUAUGCCCCUACUAUAUGAGCACAGGGGUAUGAUGAUAGUGAAAGCUGUUUGGGGGAGGCAUUUGAAAAAUAUGGAGCUUCAAACUCAGAUCUUGUGUAUUUAAGACAUAGCUAAUGAGGAAAGCAUUGUGAUUUUUUUUUCCCGUCUCAACGUCCUCUUUGAAGACAAUCUACUGAAGCUGCAUGCUUGCAGCGGACUGCUGCAAACAAUACCUCCUUUUGCCGGAUAAUAAUAUGAGUAUGUAUGUAUGUAUGUAUUUAUUUUUCACUAUUUACAAAGGUGCAGUCAAGCUUAUUGGACACAAUGCAUCCUAAAAAGGAAGAGUUUUAUUCAGCUAGUAACCAGAGAUUGACAAGUUAAGUUUUUUUUUUAAUCAAGACUGAAACUGCACCAUCUACCCAACUAUCUAACCAUAUGGAGCUACGAGGGAUCCGCGGGCCAAUGGGCGGCCAGGACCUAAAGGGUCAGGGGUUAGGGUUUGUCGCCCCAGCCUCUGGUCUUCCAGCCAGUUCCAUAAUAACGGCAGUACAGCAGCAGGACUACUCAGCCAGCGUUUGGCUUCGCAGGAGGGACAAACUGGAACACUCUCAGCAAAAGUGCAUCGUGAUCUUCGCCUUGGUGUGCUGCUUCGCCGUACUGGUGGCGCUGAUUUUCUCAGCUGUGGACGUUUGGGGUGAGGACGAAGACGGGAUCACAGAGGACAACUGCAGCAAGAACUGCAGAGCAGUGCUUGUUGAGAACAUCCCAGAAGACAUCUCCUUCUUGGACAAUGGUACAUCCCACGUGCCUCUCUCAGUGGGGCUGUACAACCUACUGGACCGAGCUAUCCGGGUCGUAGAGAUAGUUUCCCCGCUGUGGCUCCUCAACUCCUCUGAUUAUGAAUCCAGCUUCCAGCCGGCUGCCAGACAGGGCAGGGCUCUGCUGUCCAGGCUGCAGGGGCUAAAAGCAAAAGGAAUCCAGCUGAAGAUCUCCAGCGGGAUGAUUGACUCGACAGAGCUCAAGAUGCUCGCCAGACACAAUGCUGAGGUCCACUAUGUGAACAUGACAGCGCUGACCAAAGGCCAACUCCUCUCCUCCUUCUGGGUGGUCGACAGGAGACAUUUCUACAUCGGCAGCGCCAGCAUGGACUGGAGAUCCCUGGCCACAAGGAAGGAGCUGGGUGUGUUGGUAUACAACUGCAGCUGUCUGGCUCUGGACCUCCACAGAGUGUUCAGUCUGUACUGGGGGCUCCAGUAUAAAGACUUCAUCCCUUCCUUCUGGUCCAAGCGCCUCUUUGCUUUAUUCAACAAGAACACACCUCUGGAGUUCACUCUCAACAGCACCAAGGCUCAGGCCUACAUCUCUAGCUCGCCAGAUGUUUUCAUCCCCAAAGACCGUAGCAGUGAUCUGGAAGCCAUUUCCUGGGUCAUCCAAGAAGCCCGCCAUUUCAUUUACAUCUCCAUCAUCGACUACCUGCCUCUCCUCAGCAGCAACGCCCACAAGUACUGGUCUCGUAUCGACGGCCUUAUCCGGGAGGCUCUGAUCCUGAGGAAAGUGCGGGUUCGUUUGCUGAUAAGUUGCUGGGAAGAGACUCAACCACUUACUUUCAACUUCAUCUGGUCCCUGAGGAGUCUCUGUAUGGAGCAGGACAACUGCUCACUGGAAGCUAAGUUCUUCAACCCCAGAGUGCAGAGGGAUGGCACUCUCCAGGGAAUAAACCACAACAGGUUUAUGGUGACAGACCGAGCCAUAUAUUUAGGUAACCUUGACUGGGUGGGGAAUGAGUUUACCUUCAAUGCAGGAGCAGGCUUGGUGAUCAGCCAGUCAGAGGGUAUUGACGAGAGGAACGCCACAGUGGUGGAGCAGCUACGGGCUGCGUUUGACAGGGACUGGUUUUCACGUUACACCCGCUCCCUGCAGGCCAAUAAGAUCCCUGUUUGCAACAAGCACCAGAUCAACAGGCUGGUGCCAGUAAAAGCCAGCCACAUAGACAAUGGACCAGUGCCUAUCAGAACAGGCCAGCACGAUAACGGACCUGCACCAAUGAGAAACAGUCACAAAGAUGAUGGGCAGGCGGCUGUGAAAACAAAGCACCAUGAUGAUAGACUGAGCAAAAUGAGUCCCCAAGGCAUUGAAAAUGGACUGCUGCCAAUUAUAGACAGUUAUCAAGAGAGGGGACAAGUCAAAAUAAGUCACCUUGACACCAGACAGGUACAAAUCAAAGGUAGUUACCAUGACAAUCCAAUGGAUCCACCCAGUCAGUCAUCUGAGAGCAGCGGCAGCAGAGAGAUCUUCAAUGGAUCACUGUGACCGCAAAGCAUGAUGGGCUCCUUUUCCCUGUAUACGUUUGGAAAACUACUGUCUGCCAGUGGUGAUGGACUUACAUCCCUGGGUCUUUGUAGCAUUUUAUUAUUGUAAUUUUGUAGAAAACCAAAAAAUCUGAAAAUUUAAGUAAUAUCUGGUUUGCGGGACUUGAUAAUGUACAUGGAAGAACUCAGGAAGGAAAGUGGACACUCCUCUGCAGUAUGGCACUUUUGACUGAUUCUUUCAGAAUGAAAUCACAUUUUGCUUAAGAAGAAAUACUGAUAAUAUUCUGUAAUAUCUUAUUACAAUCUUACUAUUCAUUCAGUCUUUUUUCUGUCCUUGCUGAGGUCUCUCAGAGGUAAUGAUUGCCUAAUUAUUGUGUCAUUUAAACUGUUUAUGGCAGUCUUAAUUUAUCACCCUUUAAAAGGGGGAAUGACACCUGCAUGCGUAUGCAGAUAUGGGAGGCAAUUGAGCAUAUGUAGCUACACUAGCUAUAGGUAGCAUUUAAGAUACAGUCCAAAGAAGUGAAAGAUUUACCACACAGCUUUUCAUGUUGUGGAUCUCUGACUUUCCUCACAUACUCAGAUUGAUAGUGGAUACUUUGUGUAAAUAUUCUGAGUAAGUUACUGCGUGUUGAAAUAGUACUGCAAACUUAUUAACUACAACCAGUAACUUAUGAUCUUUAUCCAAGACCAAAUCAGUUUAAUAAUGGCUACAUCUGUGUAAUUAAAUUAAUGGAACCUGCUCAUGUGGACCUGCCAAAUAACUUAUUCAACUGUGUCACUGGACACAAGAACAACGUUUUUCUGUUAAAAUAUGUAGAACUGUUUACCACUUAAAAUUAUUUAGACUUGAUAUUUAUUUACACAGAUUCCUGCAAAGGAUUUUUAAACAAACACUGAGGAGCAAAAAUUUGUCAUUUUACACACACUAGAAACAACCUAAGACAUGACCAUCAAAUAUUUUAUUUUAUUGGGGUCAUAAUUGAAUUAGAUGAAGCAUCUAUUUUACUGUGUUCAUUACAUAAUACCAAAUGUCCUAUGCCAAUUGCAGACUACAGCCUUCAUUACUAUAUUUUUUCCCUGGAGGAAGGGGCUAUUGAUCUGAACGGGUCCUUAUAUUUAAUCAUUGCUGUUUCCAUACACAAAUCCUGGGAAAAGAAGAAGCAUUGACUGGAUAUCUAUAAUAUCUUUCCAAAUGCAAUGUUGUGACUUAUUGAACAAAUACUAAGGGAGCAGUUUUUCAAGAGGGGGCCAGAGGGUCUCUGCUGUCAGCCAAAUCAAUACAAUGAAUUUUUAACAGAGCUUGACAGUUGCAGUUGCUGCAGUUUAACCUCAAGGACAUAGUGGCCUGUAAUGUCAUGCCUGUGACUGAAUAUAUAUUACCUUUACCAUGUGCAGUUGGAUCUUAAUAUACAGGAUUGUCAGUAAAGAACAAGUCAUUUACACUUGACUGAAAGCUUGUAGCAACUUUCAUUUGAAUUUUGAAUGAUUGCAUGUCACACACUCUCUCCUAUGAGUGCAACUUUAAGCAACAAUGGUUGUGGUUUUAUAUUGUAGAAACAUUUUUACCUUACAAAGCCAUUAAUCAAGGAAACAGGAAAACAUUACCAGAGAGCUACAUAAUGAUGUCUUCGUCAACAAUUUGCAGGGUGUUACAGUCAGUGCUUUACUACAAAAGCAGCACAGGUGCAAUCAGUGUUUAGUCUGAAUUCAAUUAGCAGGAGGAAUUUAAUAAUUUCAUUCUGCUGGUAAACUGAAGCUAUCACAGUGCACUAAGCUUAGCUGUAAUAAUGAAAGACAAACAGACCGUCAAUGGGGUAAAAUAAUACAAAGCUCAAACAAUUAGUCAGAAAAUUAAUUGGCAACUAUUCUGCUAAUCAGCUGACGAACCGAUUAUCUAUGGAUCAGAUCCAACAAGACACUUGAAUAUGUAAACAUGGGCUUUGAGAAAUUGUGAUGGGAUUUUUGUUUUUUUUGUACUUUUCUGACAUUUUAUGGACCAAACAAUCGACUAAUCAGUAAGUUACAGCUUAAUCAAUAAUGAAUGUAAUUGUUAGUUUCCACCUUAAAAUACUAUAACACCUGAUUUCUAGUGGAAAUCAUCUAGUGUUUCACCAGUUUUCAGAGCAAAUAUGUAUUGUAUACAGUACAGUAGAGUAUAGUUGUGCCUGCUCUGUUUGUGAAGCAGGUUAAACAUAAGCCACUACACAGACUCAUUUCUGUCAUAAUAUGUUCCAUAUAUGUAAAGACGGGUUACAAGCUGCUGAACCACUAAUAGCAGUGGAGGAUCAAACAUUUGGCAGUCAGAAACACACCCUUUGACAAUUGUAAUCUGGUUAUGAUGGAUAACUUCUGCCAUCUAGAGGAUGUCAUGAGAACAAGAACUCUGUUAACUGCUGCAAUAUGACAUGUUAAUUUUUAAAAAUCAGUCUUGAUUAAGUAGUAUAUAUAUAUAUAUAUAUAUCUUGGUUUACAAUUGUUUAUAUGAAAGUUCAUAUAAAUUAUAUAUUGCCUUUUAUAUAUUUUAUAUAAAAUAUAUAAAAGGCAGCAACAGGAGAAUAUAAAUGAUUUUCCUGCUAAAGUCUGAACUGAAAAUAUGUUGAUAGUUACUGUUUCUUGAUAUCAAGAGAUGACAAAAUUAUACAUUUUUGAAAAACACUACAUAUACAGUAUAACAUGGAAUCAAGCAAUGCUAAUAAAACAGUGAAGUAUAAAACAUACGUAAUAAAAAAACAAAUGUUUAAUUCCAACAUGCAAAAAACUGACGUACUUUAAAAAUAUAUUUUUUUGCUGCUAUAUGUGUGCCCUGACACUUUGUCUUUCUGUGUGACACAUAACCAUUAAUCCAUCCAUAAACUGAUUCAUAAAUCUCUUGUAUAAAGCAAACACAAUCACAGUUUCUCCAUACAGAGUGAGUAGAACUUGAAGAGCAUUAUCGAAAUAAUAAUAUCCACAUUUUAUUGUAAAGCACUACUUCCCCACACUGUACUGCUUGUAAUCUGACUGUAGUCAGAUUCACUACUUUAUGCUGCUAUUGUGUAAGAUUAUUAUACUGGAACAGGAAUGCUGCUAAUGUUCCCUGUACCCAGGUCUUCAUGUACUUUGCUUGUUUAUUUGUUUAAAAACUAUUUUGAUCAUGAAAAACAGUGACUAUUUUCCAGUUAGCAUGGACCAGGAGUACGCCUUUAAAGUCAUAUUUUCCAUGGAGACGUAUCGCAGUUCUUCAAAUCAGCAAUGGACAUGCAAUACAUGCAAAUGAAAAGAAAAAAAGAAUGUUUCUUUAUGACCUGUGUACUGACUGUGUGUCUAUCCUUCCAUUGACACUAAAGUAAACUUGAUACUGAAAAAGAUACUUUUUCUUGAAGUCAAAAUGGAAAGUACAUGGGUUUGAGAUAGCUGCAUAGUUAAACACAAUGAUGCUCACUGUAAAAGCUUUUUAAUGUUGCAUACCUUUAUUCUGUUGAAUCUUUUUGGCAUGACUGCAGCUUGCAUGCCCUGCCUUUAUGACCUGUGCACAGUAGCUACGAGCCUUUCAAGAGAUGAUAUUAAUGAAAUCUUAUAUACCUUUAAAAAUACAAAAGGAAUGUAUAUUUAUUGAAUAUCCUUGUUAAUGCACAUUACUGAAUUAUCUGAUCACUACAUUUUUACUCUUAAUAAAAAAUACUAAGUAGUCUUACCUUUU